CCCACGGACAGGAGCGCACAGCCUGCCCCCGGUUCCUUGGGAAGGGAGGAAUUCAGGGGAAAAAAACGUUUCCCAGAAGUUUGGAUCAGAGCAAGAACGGGAAAGACUGAGAGGGCAAGAAGGAGAGGGAGGAUAGGAAAGGAGAGGGAGGAGGGAGGGCGCGAAAGGGAGAGAGAGAGAGAGAGAGAGAGAGAGAGAGAGAGAGAGAGAGAGAGAGAGAGAGAAUGAAGCACGGUCGGCGCAGCCUGUGAGCGCCGUCCCGGGUGGGUGGGAAGCAGGACUCCGGCGCCCAUGCAGCGGGCGGGCGGUGCUCCGGGCGCUAGUUCCUAGAGGCUGGGGCGGCUGGGGGCGCCGGCGGCUCUCGCCGCGCAGGGCGGGGAGGACGCAAGGGGAGGGUGCAGAGCGCCCGCGGAGCCGCCGCCUCUCCCUGGCCGGGCCCGGCGGGCUCUGGGAGCGUGAGGGCGCAGGCUGCUCCCUCGGUAGCGGGGGCAAGCGGGGGCCAGGGUGCGGGCGGCUAAAAUGAGUGAAAGGAGAAGAUCUGCAGUCGCCCUGAGCUCCCGAGCACAUGCCUUCUCCGUUGAAGCCUUGAUCGGCUCAAAUAAAAAGCGAAAACUGCGAGACUGGGAGGAGAAGGGGCUGGACCUGUCCAUGGAGGCGCUGAGCCCUGCAGGCCCACUCGGAGACGCUGAGGACGCGGCGGCGCACGGCCUGGAGCCCCACCCGGAUUCUGAGCAGAGCACUGGUUCGGACUCUGAGGUGCUUACUGAGCGGACCUCCUGUUCCUUCAGCACGCACAGUGAGCUGGCGGCGGGCACUGCAGGCCCCGUGCCUGCUGCCAUGUCGUCCAUGGAGGAGAUUCAGGUGGAGCUACAGUGUGCUGACCUCUGGAAGAGGUUCCAUGACAUCGGGACUGAAAUGAUCAUCACCAAGGCAGGCAGGAGGAUGUUUCCUGCUAUGAGAGUAAAAAUCACUGGCCUGGAUCCACACCAGCAGUACUACAUAGCAAUGGACAUUGUGCCGGUAGACAAUAAAAGAUACAGGUAUGUGUACCACAGCUCCAAGUGGAUGGUAGCGGGCAAUGCCGAUUCCCCUGUGCCUCCGAGGGUCUACAUACACCCCGAUUCUCUAGCUUCUGGAGAUACCUGGAUGAGACAGGUGGUCAGUUUUGACAAACUCAAGCUGACCAACAAUGAAUUGGAUGAUCAAGGACAUAUUAUUCUGCACUCUAUGCAUAAAUACCAGCCUCGCGUUCACGUGAUCCGCAAGGACUUCAGCAGUGACCUUUCCCCCACCAAGCCUGUCCCUGUGGGGGAUGGUGUGAAAACCUUCAACUUUCCUGAGACUGUGUUCACCACAGUUACAGCCUAUCAGAACCAGCAGAUCACCAGAUUAAAAAUCGACAGAAACCCUUUCGCUAAAGGAUUCAGAGAUUCUGGGAGAAACAGAACUGGACUUGAAGCCAUCAUGGAGACUUAUGCAUUUUGGAGACCUCCCGUGCGCACACUCACCUUCGAAGAUUUUACCACUAUGCAGAAGCAGCAAGGGGGCAGCACAGGUACUUCGCCAACCACCUCCAGCACCGGGACCCCAUCUCCUUCAGCCUCUUCCCAUCUUCUGUCUCCAUCCUGUUCUCCUCCAACUUUCCACUUGGCCCCCAACACUUUCAAUGUGGGCUGUCGAGAAAGCCAGCUGUGUAAUCUAAACCUCUCUGAUUAUCCACCUUGUGCCCGAAGCAACAUGGCUGCCUUGCAGAGCUAUCCAGGGCUGAGUGACAGUGGCUACAACAGGCUCCAGAGUGGCACCGCUUCAGCCACCCAGCCCUCAGAAACCUUCAUGCCUCAGAGGACUCCAUCCCUGAUCUCAGGAAUACCAACUCCUCCCUCGUUGCCCAGCAACAGCAAGAUGGAAGCCUAUGGCGGCCAGCUGGGGUCCUUCCCCACUUCGCAGUUUCAGUACGUCAUGCAGGCAGGCAAUGCUGCCUCCAGCUCUUCAUCACCACACAUGUUUGGGGGCAGCCACAUGCAGCAGAGCUCCUACAAUGCCUUCUCCCUCCACAACCCCUACAACCUGUACGGAUACAACUUCCCCACCUCCCCCAGGCUAGCUGCGAGCCCAGAGAAACUGAGCGCCUCUCAAAGCACUUUACUCUGCUCUUCUCCUUCCAAUGGGGCCUUCGGAGAGAGGCAGUACCUGCCCACAGGGAUGGAGCACAGCAUGCACAUGAUUAGCCCUUCGCCUAACAAUCAGCAGGCAGCCAACACGUGUGACGGCCGGCAGUACGGGGCUGUCCCCGGCUCCUCCUCCCAGAUGUCCGUGCACAUGGUCUGAAGGGCAGCUCCAGCACCCCACAGCCUAUGGCAACCGAGACUCGAAUCUCCAUAGGCGGAUCCUCCUUUCUGGGAUCCCAGUGCCUUUGGAAAACACGAUUGUUUUUUUUUUUUUUUUUUUUUUUUGAGAAGAAAAACAGAUAGACAAGAGACACUUUUCAGCCACUGAAGGAUAUGUGCAGUGAAUCCAGCACAACUCAGUGACCUGCCUUCUCAAACCUUAGUUUUAUAAACCAUUGUCUAUGCAAGACUGGCCUUUGAAGAGAAUGAAUAAUCAUUUUGUAAUAACAUUAAGGGAGACACUAGCGUGAAGCUGCCAUGAAAGUUUCCAAACACACAUGUGCAGACCUGCCUGUACACACUUACUGCGUACUCACACGCACAUACACAUAAUUAUGCACAAACUCAUGAUAUGCAAGCAUCCUGCACACUGACUCUGAGCUGGGUGAACUCGGUGGAGGGAGGCCCAGGAUGGUGCUGUCGCUGAGAAUCUCUGUACAACACUAGAUGAACUGGGCUAGCAGGAGCCACCAGCUUUUUACUGCCGCAGCUUGUGCUGUUUCUGGAGUACAUCAUGCAUCCUGUAGCCUUUCUCUACCAAGGAGCUUGGGAAGACAUCAGUACUGCAACUGGACUUGGCUUCCUGAACAUGAUGGCUUUUCACUUGGACUCCCUUCACUCAGUGUGCUGUCCUUGAUAUUCCCGGUGGUGCCUGUGAAACGAGGGAGUGAAAGAAGCUGAAGGAGAGAAAGAGAACAGAGAGCAGAAGGGUGGAGAGGAAGACUGAGAAGGAAGGUGUGAGCAAUGAGGAGAGUUUAAUUUACCAAGGAGAUGUGGCUGAGUUUGUUUGCCCAAACCUACAGGUUGUAGAGAAAGAAUUGUGGCGUCACUGAGGGAGGAACCUCUCUGGGACACUGUGCAAGGUCAGGGCACUUGUGCAAAGGCUAGAGGCCAGGAGUGCAUUUUGAUCCCAGGGCUCCAUCCAUGGUGACCAGGAAAGAGGGGCACCAUGUGGGAAGUGCCAGCCUCACAACAAGAAGAAUGGCAGGGGAAAGGACAGGGAAGUAUGAAGGUAGAAGAAUGCUACACCCCUGUGGUGAAACCAAGCUCAGAGAGAGACAGCCAAGGGGGGCCUGGCCUCCACAUGCCAGAUCCAGACCCCAGAAUGGGAGGGCCUGCCUCCUACCCUCCUCUGGCUGGAGAGACACUGUCAUGGUCCAGGGAAUUGCAGACAGGUCUUUUAUACAGUUUUUUUGAGAGAAGGGGUAGUGGGAAUCGAACUCACGACCUUGCACUUGCCAUGGAAGUCACUGUGUCGCUGAGUUAUAUCCCUGGCCCUUCUGUAGAUCUCCAUUUAUAUCAAUUAGUUCAGUGCAUUUUGAAGUUUUGGGUUUUUCAUCUUUCUUUUUCCCUUUAAGUCCUUUAAUGGUAAGAAAAAAAAAAAACAAAGGAAGCUUGGUGCAAGUUAAAUUUUUUAAAUGGUGUGGAAAUGCAAAUAAUACCAAGUAAAAUAAUACAGAUACUAAGAUUUUUGGUUUUGAGGUGUUGUAGAUAAAUGUAUUUAUAUGCCUAGUGGGGAAUCCAAUAUUUUGAAUAUUGAAAAGGGGGCAAUAAAAGGGUGUGUAAAAUAUGUAUGAAGUAAAGGUGUAUAAAAAUUUGCCCUUAUGCACGGAACUGUUUCUAAGUGCCAAGCACAGAAACCCGCUAAAUAAAAUCUUUGCAAUUGU